AUGAUGUUCAUCGCUGGCGUCGCCCUCUCCGCCCUUCUUUGCGCUGAUGCUGUCCUGGCUGGCGUUGCCCAGGACCGAGGCCUUGCUGCUCGUCUUGCUCGCCGUGCUGGUCGCCGCUCGGCACCUUUCAGAAACGACACCAGCCACGCUACUGUUCAGUCCAACUGGGGUGGUGCCAUUCUCGGGGGCUCUGGCUUUACUGCAGCUUCGGCUACUGUGAACGUGCCCAGGGGCGGUGGUGGCUCCAAUGCUGCUGGAUCUGCUUGGGUUGGCAUUGACGGUGCCACAUGCGACACUGCCAUUCUGCAAACCGGUUUCGACUGGUACGGUGAUGGCACCUACGAUGCCUGGUACGAGUGGUACCCUGAGUUUGCUGCCGAUUUCUCGGGCAUCGACAUCAGCGAAGGCGACCAAAUCGCCAUGUCCGUUGUGGCCACAUCUCUGACCGGCGGCUCUGCCACGCUUGAGAACCUGUCAACUGGCCAGAGGGUGACUCAAAACUUCAACCGCGUCACCGCUGGCUCUCUGUGCGAAACAAGCGCUGAGUUUAUUAUUGAGGACUUUGAGGAGUGCAGCUCGAAUGGUAGCAACUGCCAGGCUGUGCCAUUUGCCUCAUUCAGCCCUGCCAUCACCUUCAGCGACGCGACGGCUACUCGCAGCGGCCGAACUGUCUCUCUGAGCGGCGCUGAAAUCAGCGAGGUUAUUGUCAACAACCAGCAGUUGACCAGAUGCUCCGUCUCUGGUAGCAGCACGCUGACCUGCUCUUACGCUUAG